AUGGGUAUUAGUAGAGAUGGAAGACACAAACUUCGCUUAACUGGUGGAAAAAAAAAAAUUCAUAAAAAAAAGAGAAAAUAUGAAUUAGGUAGACCACCUUCAAAUACCAAAUUAGGAAGUAGACAAGUUCAUAUAGUUAGAGGAAGAGGAAGAAAUUAUAAGUAUCGUGCAAUAAAAUUAGAUUCAGGUAGUUUUUCAUGGCCAUCAUUUGGAAUAUCAAAAAUGACAAGAAUUAUAGAUGUUGUUUAUAAUGCAUCAAAUAAUGAACUUGUCAGAACAAAAACAUUAGUAAAAAAUUGCAUCGUUUUAAUUGAUUCACAUCCAUUUACUGCAUGGUAUGAAAAUACAUUUGGUAUGACAUUAGGAAAAAAAAAGAAAACAAAAGUAGAAGAUGAAAACAAGGAAGAAAAUAAAGCAGAGGAAGAAGAUAAAGAAGAAAAAAAAAAUAAUGAAAAAAAUAAAUCAUAUUCAGUAAUUAAAAAAAUAGGAAAAUCAAAACAAAUUGAUCCAGCAUUACUUGAGCAAUUUAAACAAGGAAGGGUUUUAGCUUGUAUUAGUAGUAGACCAGGACAAUGUGGUAAAGCUGAUGGAUAUAUUAUUGAAGGAGAUGAAUUAUUAUUUUACAAGCGUAAAAUGGAUAAAAAAAAGAGAAAUUAA